UAUAGAGAGAAUGUUGAAGUUUUGGCCUCAUUAUGGCUUCAAGUUUUCAUGGCUUCUUCUUUAUCUUCAUCUUCAUCUUCAUCAUCUUUAAUUAUUUUACAUUAUUUUUGGAAGCUGCGGCUUUGGUUCCUGCCAUGUAUGUAUUUGGAGACUCAUUAGUGGAUGUUGGUAACAACAAUUAUCUUAAUUUUUCAUCACCCAAAGCCAACUUUUAUCCUAAUGGCAUUGACUUUCCCACCGGAAAACCCACCGGAAGGUUCUGUAAUGGCAAGAACCCAGCUGAUUUUCUCGCUGAGAAAGUGGGUUUGGCUAGUGCACCAUCAUAUCUUUCGAUUAUUGAGAAUAGAAGUUAUAUACAUGACAGAAACAGAGGCAUCAACUUUGCUUCUGGAGGAGCCACAAUCAUUCCACAAUCAAAUCAAAUAAUUAGUACAUCAAUAUCAUUGUGUAAGCAAGUGGUCUACUACAAUUCUAUAUAUGAAUCAUUGGUGAAAGAUUUGGGAGUGACUAAAGCAAAGGCAUAUACUUCCAAAUCUCUAUAUUUGAUAGAAAUUGGAAGCAAUGACAUAUUUGGCUAUUUUGCAUCAAUCAACCUUCGCAAAAUCUACACUCCUCCACAAUAUUUGGACUUGAUGUCUCACCAUUUCGAGAAGCAACUAAAGAGAUUGUACGAAAAUGGAGCACGUAAAGUGGUGGUGAUUGGUGUGGGAGUAAUUGGAUGCACACCAGCAAUGAGAUACCGAAACAUCUCGGAAGGAUGCAAUUCUGAAAUGAAUUGGUUGGCAUUUGUGUACAAUCAACACCUCACAUCAAUGCUAAACAGACUCAAAGAUGAGUUAUUUGGCUUUCAUUUUUCCUUCUUUGAUGGCUUCUCUAUCAUGCUUAGCUCCAUCCACAAGCCCACUUCUUUUGGUUUUAGUGAAGUUAAAGCAGCAUGUUGUGGGUCUGGUAGACUGAAGGCUCAAAUGGCUUGCAUUCCAAAAGCAUCUUAUUGCAAUAAUAGAGAGAAGUAUUUAUUUUGGGAUAAAUACCAUCCAACACAACAAGCUCAUCAUUUUUUCUCUGAUUUAAUAUUCAAUGGGCCACGAAAAUACACUUUUCCCAUCAAUGUUCAAACCCUUGUAGCUAUCCAACUCUAAAAUAUAAAUAUAUUUUUGGCAAUUUUCCAACUUA